GCUUUUGAUAUCUCCGAAGAGCUUAUUAGGCUCUCCCAGGACGAGUUGGUGCAGCAAAAUGCCUUAAACUGGGAUCCAGCUUUGCGAUGUGACAUGAUUACUGGAGACUUGUUAGUUGGUGGGAUGCCAUGGCCCCAAGGAUUUGAUUACUCGGGACAUCGGUAUGUGCAAGUUUGACUGAUCCGUUCGCCUGCUGCUUGUGUGGGAAAAACCUUCCUCCAGAUGAAGAAACUGGCCAUGGGAAGGGGAUGCUUCAGGUCGAGGAACAUGGCCGUCAUCCCAUGUUCGAUUCUUCUGUCGUUCUCCCUGCUCGCUGGUCAAGUUGGAGGUCAGUUUUCGGACGGUCUCGGUUUUAUCAGCCUUGAUUGUGGAUAUGGACGUGAUGCUCAAGCAUAUUACGUGGGGCCAUUAUCCGGUAUAACAUACGUCUCUGAUGCUCCUUACACGGACAGUGGCGAGACUCAUAACAUAUCCUCAGUAUACGCAUCAGUAACGCUCCCUCAGCGAUUCCUCACCGUGAGAAGCUUCCCUAGUGGAGCUCGGAACUGCUACACCUUCAAGUCAAUAACCCCACGGCUUAAGUAUCUCAUCAGGGCAUCAUUCUUAUAUGGCAACUAUGAUUCCAAAAACAGUUCUUCGGUUCAGUUUGAUCUCCAUUUUGACGUCAACUUUUGGAAGACGAUGACUGUGACCAGCAGAUCGAGGAGGUAUUACACAGAAACUAUCAUGGAAGCCACAACCGAUCUGAUAUCAGUUUGCCUUGUGAACACUGGCCGUGGAACUCCCUUCAUCUCUUCGCUAGAGCUGAGACCGCUCAACCGCACUCUUUAUCCAGUCGUGAACGCAUCUCUCAGUCUCAUUCUCUCGUCGCGGUUUGACAUGGGGCUGACAGAUGAUUACGUGAGGUUUCCUUCCGAUCCCCAUGAUCGCUUCUGGAAUCCAUUUAAUGACACAACCUCUUUGACAAAGACAUCGACUAAUCUCACAGUCGAAAAUCAUGUGGAUGAUCACUUUGAGGCACCUCAUGUCGUCAUGAAGACUGCAGUUGUCCCUGUGAACUCCACCAAACUGGCACUCAGUUUGGCAACAGAACCUGGAGGCCUCGAUGAAUACUAUGCAGUCCUACACUUCUCCGAGCUGGAGCCACUGCUCCAGAAUGAAUCGAGGCAGUUCUUCGUCUACCUCGGAGGAACCCUGCUGAAUGAUGCCAAACCCUUCACCCCGGACUACCUUUCUUCCAGCGCUGUAUACAGCACAAACCCUACUUCAGCACCCACUCACUACAACAUCUCCCUUGUUGCCACAAGCGAUUCCACCCUUCCACCCAUCCUCAACGCAGCGGAGGUGUUUUCUGCAAUGCAGAACACGAUUGUGCCAUCAGAUAGCAGAAAUGUUGAUUUUGUUACCGAGGCCCAGCAUUUGUCGAGGGUGCAUCACAGGAAUCUGGUUUCUAUGAUCGGCUACUGCAUUGAUGGAGAGCACCUGGCGUUGGUCUAUGAGUACAUGUCUCAGGGAACUCUCAAAGAGCAUCUUAGAGAGUCUCGCGGCGAUAGACCUUUGAGUUGGGAACAGAGACUCCGAAUUGCCCUUGAAGCUUCACAAGGGCUGGAGUAUUUGCACACCGGAUGCAAGCCUUCACUGAUCCAUAGAGAUGUCAAGACUGCAAACAUCCUCUUGAACGAAAGAUUAGAGGCCAAGAUAUCGGAUUUUGGACUGUCCAAGGCUUUUGAAAAUGAAGACCAUAGCCAUGUAUCAACCAAGGUCGUCGGCACCCCGGGAUACCUUGAUCCAGAGUACUACGUGAAGAACCAACUCAGCGAGAAGAGUGAUGUGUACAGCUUUGGGGUGGUUCUCCUGGAACUGAUCACAGGCCAACCUCCCAUACUAAUUGGUUCAGAAAAUAUUCACAUAGUUGAAUGGGUUUACGAAAGGCUUGCGAAAGGGAACGUAGAGGACGUCGUCGACAAAAGCCUGCAAGGUGAGUAUGAUGUGAAUUGUGCUUGGAAGAUUGCCUACGUAGCUCUCAACUGUUCCAUGCAAUCCUCCACCAAGAGGCCGACGAUGACGGAGGUGGUGAUGCAGCUGAAAGAGAGGUUGGCACUGCAGAGUAAUCUUGAUGAGACCCAACUCGAAGGCAGAAACACUCUGAAACUACUUAAAGAACAUGGUGAGAUGCACCGGAUCAGUCCGUUUGAGAUCGAAUGUGCAAGCAUAUCAGACAAAGAUGGUCCAUCAGCAAGAUGAACUUGAUGUCACUUCUAUCAUCUCUGCUCCCAAUCUCCAUCGCAGUUUACAUGCUUCAGUAAAAGCUUAAAAUUGUUUGGAUUCCUGUGUGUUGUAUAUUAUGAUGUUGAUUCUGAUAUCAGCAGUCCACUAUUUGUUUCCUUUCCCAUACCUCUUCGAAGGCUAGGAUUGAAAGCAUAUUGCAUUGCGACAAUGAGAAGUUCCAAUAUUAUACGUCUGGAAUAAGUCAUCAUCUAU